ACCUUUGCGUUCUACUCUGCAAUGGCAAAGAAAAAAAGCAAGAAGCUGGACCACAAAUGGUCAGCGAGCGAGCUUGGCACUUUGGCCAUGAAUCAACAAAUCAAGACAUCUCCUUAUACAAUCGGUCCUGUCAUAUUGCGUAUCGGCCCAAAAAAGCGAGAAUUCUAUAUACCGGAGUGUCUCCUGGAAAACACAAAUUUGACUUUCUCACAGCCCAGCUGCUUAGAUAGGGGUGUCGUAAACCUGCCCGAUGUGGACGAAAGCACUGGCCAUGUUCUAGUACAUUACUUGUAUACCGGUGUAUACCAAACCCUCGAGGAUGCGGAUAGUUCUCCUGAAAAACAGUCCAAAAUCGGAUUUCACAGAGCAUUUCUCACUUUUGCAGCAGCCGUUGCCUACAAUCUACCUGGAUUGCAGCAGCUAGCGAUGCGAGAAAUACGAGAUUUCGGAACAGAAAUGAGCAUUUUUGACAUCAUUGCGACUGUCGACAAAGACUUUUCAAAACUUCCAAGCGGUAAACACCAGGUGUAUGAAUACAUAUCUGAGAAAGCUAGUUCUACUUUUGAGCAGAACCUCAGCAAGCUGUCAAUAAAUAUCUUCUUGGAGGACGUCAGUAAUGUCGACUUGGCCAAACUCCUGGUACAGUGUACGGUGGACCUCUACAACAGGAAAACUCUAGAAACAUCCAACACCGCAACCGGACCUCUCCAAAUGGACCCUGAGCGGUCCGUCAAAGGCACUGAGGAAGAAAUUAGGAUUGGAGAACCACAAAUCGCUGAAGACACACCUUCUAGAGGACCUGAUACUCAAAAGAUCGCUGCCGACACCCCUGCCCCAGAAAGCGCUUCCAUCGAACCCGAGCAACCAACCAUUGGUUCAAGCACGAAGAAUACUCGUCAAAUUUGUGGCCAGACUAAUUGGUGGGAUUACGCUCCAUGGAAAUCCGUGGAUGCGAAAGAAGCUCUUCCAGUAAUUGCUCUGCAGGAAGACUGUGGAAUAUGCAGGAAAUGUAUGAAGAAAGCAAGGAAGAAGAAGAAGAAAGAGGAGAGAGGAAAAAAUCAAGCAAUCGAGGAGGAUGCUCCCCCCAAAAUGCAAGAAGAGAAAAUCACGAAAACUACUGAGGAUACUGAGAAAGCUUCUUCGCUGCGUUCUGCGUCCGUUGAUGAAGAGGGUUAUGAAGUAUUGCAUUAGUAGUGUACCAAGGUGCAUAUUGGGAACUAUUUAUUGUAGCUGAAUGGAUCAUUGCAGCUUCAUGAGGCUUGGUCUAGGCAAGAUGAUGUUCAAGCUAGACAAACGUGCGAUAAUCAUGAACAUGAAGAAUUACCUCCGGAGCAUUGCCCUGGAGGCGAUUUCUUCCCCAAUGUAUCUAAGCUAAGCCGUGGUUCAAU